AGAGAGAGAGAGAGAGAGAGGACAGGUGGAGGUGUGGACAGGUAGAGAGAGAGAGAGUCACUGUACCUGUCGGCCAGGUGAGCGAGCAGAGGAGCGCGCGGCAGGCUGGAUCCGCAGUAUGCUGAGGGAGUCCCCUCACCUGGAAUGAUGUACGUGAGUUACCUGCAGCUGGACAAGGACCCGGCCAUGUACCCGCACCAGAACCCGGUCUCGCGCCACCCGGGCCUCAGCCUCAGCCCGCAGAACUUCCCGGUCCCGGCCCCGCCGCAGUACACGGACUUCACCGGCUACCACCACCACCACCACGGCAUCAGCAACGACCCGCACGCGGCGCAGCAGCCCGGGCCGGGCGGCGGCGGCUGGAGCCCGGCCUACCCGCCUCCGCCUCCUCCGCCCGCGCGGGACGACUGGUCCUCGCACCACUACGCGGCGGCGGCGGCGGCAGCGGCGGCCGCGGCCGGAGGACCCCCCGCCGCGACCACCGUGCCCGGCGCCGUGGGCCCCGCCCUGGGCUUCAGCCCCCCGGAGUUCCCCGGGCAGCCUCCGGCGCUGCUGCCCGCGUCGGCGGGGCAGCUGUCCCCCGGCUCCCCGCAGAGGAGGAACCCGUACGACUGGAUCCGACGCAGCUCCGCACCGCCCUCCAACCCCAAUGGAAAGACACGAACCAAAGACAAGUACCGGGUGGUUUACACCGACCAUCAGCGGCUGGAGCUGGAGAAGGAGUUUCACUACAGCAAAUACAUCACCAUCAGGAGGAAGGCGGAGCUCGCCACAGCGCUCAGCCUGUCAGAGAGACAGGUGAAGAUCUGGUUCCAGAACCGCCGGGCCAAGGAGCGCAAGAUUAACAAGAAGAAGCUCCAGCAGCCGGCCUCCUCUACAACCACGCCCACCCCUCCAACCGGCAGUGGAGGUGGAGGAGGAGGGGGUAGCGGUCUCCAUGGAAACGGCGGCAGCAGUGUCGCCAUGGUGACAAGCAGCAGUGGCAGCAACGGGCUGGUGUCCCCGUCAUCCCUGCCUUUAAACAUCAAGGAGGAGUACUGACGAGGGUUCGUCUGGAGCUGAUGUCGGCGAUCUGGACUGAAAGACUUGUUUUUGCGUCACAUCCUGCCUCCCUGUUCGCCCUCUUAAAGCUAAAGCUCAUCAAUGGGUGUCGUCGCCAGCAGCAGCAGUACUUCUUCUCCCAACAAGACUUUUGAUUGCAGAUAGUUUCUAAUUAUGAGUAGACGUUCGCUUGCUGGGAUGUCGGCAGGUGCAGAGGGAAGUUCAACCUGUUUGGUCGCUCGUCAACAGCUCAAGCGAAGGACAUUACCAAACACGGAUCACAGAGUUUAGGAAAAAAAGAGAAAAAAGUAUCAUAAAUAUUUUAUCCCCUGAACCUGAAGUCUCCAUUACUGCAAAGUCUUGUUGUUUGUCCAAACUUCAAAUUCACAGAACUUUACAAUCAUACCAGAGAUCUCAAAGUUUCCAAAGAUACCAAACAUUUCAGGAAUAAAAUGAAGGGUAAAAGAUGUAGAAUAUUUCCAUGUGAUGGAACAGUGCAGCCAUAAAAUCUUGGAGUCGUGGGUUUGAAUAUUUCAAACAACAUAAAUGUAAUUUAUGUUGCACUCCAGUGCAACAAGUCGGGAAACUGACUGGUUGGUUUUAUCUAGCUUGGUUAACCAUUGUUAACCAUUGUUAGCCACUGUUAGCCAUUGUUAUUAAUACCAGUCGAUAACAAAUUACAUUUGAGCAUAUCAAACAGUGUGGCAGUAUGUCCACAGAUAGAAGUUGGACAGUUCUGUGUACGACUGAUUUAGUCACAAAUAAAACGGUGCUAGGUGCUAAUAAAUAGUAUAUUACUACAGCUUUAGCAGGGCAGCCAUCUUGGAUUUUGAGGUUGGGGUUGGUGAGGUUCUCUCGACUUCAGGGGGCGUUCCAAUUCCAGUUUCCGAACUUGGAACUUGGAAAUUCCCAUUUAAAAUUGGAUCGCACCAUAAGCAUCAAUGGAGAGCUGCAAUAAUUAGAUACAGAAUAUAUGAUACUGUCAGACAGUGUGGAAAAUAUGUUUGUUUUUGUUUUUAACUCUAAAGCUACUUAAACAGGGUAAAAUCAAAUUUCUCAAUUUGCUUCUAGCUUGAUAUAAUAAAUCUGUUUCUGCUUCUUUAACAAAUGUUUUCUCAUCCUAUAGGAAGUCUUUUCACCAUUAUUCCUAUAAAUCUCAUUGUUACUGAAACCCUACUGCAUAAUUAAACAGACAUAGAUGUUUCUGUUGUGGCCGUCAGUUUUAAUGAUUUGGAUUUGAUUAUUUAUUGACAAAACCAUAAUUGGCAACUAUACUGGCCACUAAUUAAUUAUUUUGAGUCUUUUUGAAGGAAAAAUAUUUGAUAGUUCCUCCAUUUUCUAUGACUUUAAGUCAACAUCUUUGAAUUGUUGGACUCUUCAUCUGAGAAUAAUAUUGAGCAUAUCUCAAGAUUUUCUGACUUUUCAAUGACAAUCAAUUGAUUAAUAAAGAAAAUACUUGUUCAAUCACUUUGAUAAUGGAAAUAAUAGCUGGUUGUAGCCGCACAGUUCUCCUAUGAUGGAAUAAUACGAUCUUACUCAAGGUUUUCUGAGUGUAAAUUACUUCACUUACAGAAAAAAUGGAUACAAUUGGAUGGAUUCACUCCACAAGAUGGAAGACAGAGGAGGUGUCAGAGUUGACAUCGUACUGUACUAAUUACCGUACUAACAAAUGUGCAAUCAUGUAGACUCAAACAAUACUUUGAUGUGUUGGUUUUCCAGCCUUAAACUGAUCGACCAAAGAUCAACCUGACGAUAAAGAGAGUUUCCUGUGUGACAGUGACCUCUGUUUGUACCUGAUCAGACUGAGAACAUUAUGAUCUGACUCCAUGUUUCUCCAUGAAGAUGGUUUGUAGCAGCGUUGGUGAUGAAUGCAGGUAAAACCAGCUGAUGUUCCUGUUCCACGUGUGAUACAGUUAAUGUCAUAUAAAUGUUUAUGAUCUCACUCAUCAGACUUUAUCAUGUGUAUAUUUUCAAAUGUAAUUUGUAUUAAAACCAAGAGGUUUUAUUGUAA